AUGCCCGGCCUUUUCUCUUCAUGGCCAUUGAUUGGGUCGUCUAUUAUUGUCAUUGCCAGUAUCGUAAGCCUAUCUUUUGAAGAUGCCUCCAUUAUAAUCAGGAAUUACAUCACCGCAUCGCUUGUUGGCGUCGAUAUCGCAUCGCCUUAUGUUCCGAGCUGGAACACCUGGCUUGAUCCUCUGCAGAAGGUACCUCAUGGAGAAACCCAAUUUAUCCCAGAAAGUGAUGGCUGGAAUCUGUACUAUCACCUGGGCGGGUACGGGCCUUGGAUUGAGAAGGCCGAAGGUCCUGUACAGGGUAUUGAACCGCCAGCUGGCUGUCAUGUUGAACAAAUGGCGCGUCAUGGAGAAAGAUACCCUACAAAAUCUGCUGGAAGCCGUCAUCUUGAUCUUCUCAAACGCAUUCAGGAAGCAAAUGUAGUACUCAAUGGCUCAUUAUCUUUUCUAAAUGACUGGGAUUACUUCACCAGUAACCCGGAGAAAGACUUCGAUCAGUUGACCAGGACUGGUCCCUACUCAGGCACCCUGGGUGCUUUUACAACUGGCACACGCCUGUUAACACGGUACCAACAUCUUCUGCCUAAUGACUCCAAGAUCAAGUUCUGGGCGAGCGACUGCCAGCGCGUCAUUGAAACGGCGCAGUAUUUCGCGUAUGGCUUGCUUGGCUUGGACUGGGAAAAGAGAGGGAAAGCCGAACUGGAGAUCAUUCCGGAAACAUUCGACCGAAGAGCGGAUACUCUCACGCCCGGUGAUACAUGUCUGAAAUACCUCGAGGACACCCAGGAAGGACACGACAAAGGGAUCAACAUGCUCGCUCAGUUCCAGCAGGCGUAUGCCCCAGCUAUAACGCAACGACUAAUAUCCGAGCAGGGAAACUUGGCCCUGGGCGAGUUGACAAACAUCGAGAUCUUCAGCAUGCAAGAGAUGUGUGGUUUCGAGACCCUCGUGCGAGGCUCAAGCCCCUGGUGCGAUGUCUUCACCCGCGAAGACUGGGAGAACUUCGAAUAUGCCCGUGACCUCGUGCACUAUUACCGCGCUGGUCCGGGGAACAAGUAUGCCGGUGCAAUGGGCUGGCUUUGGCUGAAUGCUACGGCUGGUCUUCUACAGGAGGGACCAGAAGCUGGGCCUCUGUUUUUCAGCUUUGUCCAUGAUGGAGAUAUCGCCCCCUUCCUGGAAGCGCUCGAUAUCUUCAAGGAUCCGAAAUAUGAUCCUCAUCUUCCUACGACACACAGGGCAAAUGACCGUGUCUGGCGCACCUCAUCGGUAAUGCCGAUGGGUGGUCGCAUCAUCCUCGAACGCAUGACCUGCUCUUCGAUGAACGGUGGCCUUGGGGGUGAGGAGGCCACAUUUGUUCGCGUCAACAUAAACGACAAGAUAGUGCCUCUGCCAUACUGCAAGUCUGGCCCUGGACUCUCUUGUCCUUUGAGCGAAUUCGCUACGCAUGUGACACGCCGGAACAUGGAAGUCGGCGAUUUUGGUGAGAAGCUCAAUAAAGCCAGGAUCCUCACUUUCAAUUACUUUAACCCCAACAACCAACAAAAUUCGAUCGCUGUAACAGCCGCAAAGAUGGAGUACCACUCCGUCCCUCUGGAGGAGCGCGCGAAAGAUGACAAGGGCAACACUUUGCCCUGGGGAUAUGUUUACAAAGACGAAUCCCGCAACCCACGACGACCGCCAGAGGAAACAGGACCAUUCGGCAAGCGAAGAAACGCGCGCUACGAGCAGUCCAGAUCCCGCACUCGCACCGGCACACCUGCAAAGAAGGAGAACCAAAACGUCGCAGAAUUCGGCCGGCUCUUCGCGCAGCAGCAAGAGCAAGAAAAAUCACGAAACACACUCCCCAAGUCCUCGUCGUCGUCGAACCUCGAGACCGCCAGGAAACAGACGGAGAAGGUUGCGACGGAAUGCUUCUUGUACGGAUACAGGAAUAAGGAUGGCGAGUGGAAGGUGAUUGACAAGUACGAGCGCAUCUCGCGAGGCAUGAUCUGCGAAGACUACCCGAGGAACGACCCCAAGUCCAGCUUUGGCCACGCACAGCUCCUCAGCGGUGGCGAUGUGAUUAUCCGUACGAACCUGUCUGCGGACGCGAACCGCAAGUCGAAGCGCUAUGCCGGUGGCUUCCACUGGAUCAAGGUCACCUUCGACUCAACGGAAGCCGCAGACCGCGCAUGCUUCUACUCGCCGCAGGAAAUCGACGGACACUUGGUCUUUUGCGAGAUGUACCACGGCCAAGGACCAGCAGAGGACGUCGCGAUCCCAGUGGGCUCAACACAAGCGAACCGCUUCAUGUCCAAGAACAAGCGCGCACUAACGACAUCGCACUCAACGACCUUCCUGCAAAGCAAGGACAAGCCAUCCCGCGCAACAACCCUCCCCCGCUCCUUCGCCGCCAACAACCUCGCCAGCAUCGCCGACGAAGAUACCUCGUUCUCACAGGAAUCCACCAGCACCGUCAGCUCCGCAACAGCAACAGGCAUCGAAGCUGCGCCGCACGAAACUGCGGCCCGUCACCGAAGCGCUCCCGCCCUCGCCUACAGUCACCGAGCGCGUCCUCCGCUCAAUUCCCGUGCUGAGCUGGUUCACCGGCGACAUUGUGGGCGAUGGGCCGCAGCUCCGUGA